GGUGGGGGCUUCGUCCGCUUUGCCGGGUAGGAGGGCGGAAUGUGGGGUUGGUACGGGCGGGGAGAGCCGGACGGAGCCAACCUGGACCACGUCAGCCAGUCCCGGGUGACUGGCUCGAAGCAGCCUCGUAGUUGAGAGGGGUCGUCCGGGGCGGCCCGCGGCGCAGCCCCGGUAGCGCGCAUUUGCGGAGAGAACGGAUCCCGUUCCCGAGCGCCGCCGAGCCCCGCACGCCCGUGAGACCCGCUUUGAAUUUUUUCUCCAUGUUUGCUGGGGUUGUUGACCCGACCCCUUGUAAGACUCGGACUCAACGUUUUUGUUUGCCCCACGACAGCCAGCGUAAUGCUGUGAAGGAAUUUAUCUUAUAAAUACACUUACACUCGUGUGAAAAUAAGUACAGUGCUAUGUGGAAGGAUAAGUAAGAAGCAGAUAAUAUUGGUUACCUUUGGAGAGUGGCAUCUAAUGGCAAGUCAAGAGUGGAAUGAGGAGAUGUCCUUUGCUUCUCAGAUGUAAAUGCACUUUAAGUUUGUUAUUCAACAGUGAAAAUGAGUCAUACAGAGGUUAAAUUAAAAAUACCUUUUGGAAAUAAAUUACUAGAUGCCGUUUGUUUGGUACCUAACAAGAGCUUAACAUAUGGAAUAGUUCUUACACAUGGAGCAUCAGGAGAUAUGAAUCUUCCUCAUUUGAUGUCACUGGCAUCCCAUCUUGCAUCUCAUGGGUUUUUCUGCCUGAGAUUUACCUGUAAAGGCCUUAAUAUUGUACAUAGAAUUAAGGCGUAUAAAUCAGUUUUGAAUUACCUGAAGACAUCAGGAGACUACAAACUUACAGGUGUUUUUCUUGGAGGUCGUUCAAUGGGCUCAAGAGCAGCUGCUUCUGUAAUGUGUCACAUUGAGCCAGAUGAUGGUGAUGAUUUUGUUCGGGGUCUCAUUUGUAUUUCUUACCCACUGCACCAUCCAAAGCAGCAGCAUAAACUCAGAGAUGAAGACCUCUUUCGUUUAAAAGAGCCUGUACUGUUUGUGUCAGGCUCAGCAGAUGAAAUGUGUGAAAAGAAUUUGUUGGAGAAAGUGGCGCAGAAAAUGCAAGCUCCCCAUAAAAUCCACUGGAUUGAGAAGGCAAAUCAUUCCAUGGCAGUGAAAGGACGGUCGACAAAUGAUGUUUUCAAAGAAAUAAAUACACAGAUUUUGUUUUGGAUCCAAGAAAUUACUGAAAUGGACAAGAAAUGUCAUUAGUUAAAAGCCAUGUUAUCCUGAGUACACAUACAGUUAAUUUGAUAAAGAAGAGUAUGCCUCUCAGCAUUGUGAGAUAUAUUUCAGACUAAUUUGAUGUUCUUUAAUGUUCCCUUAUUUUUGAAACACGUUUUAAAUGUGAAAUUAAUGUCGUUCACAAAAUGUCUUUUGAAAGCACUGUUACAGUUGUAUAAAGAUGAUGUAAAAAUAUUGAAGGUGGUCUACAUAUAAUUUAUUUUCAUUAGUAAAGUUUUGAAAAAAAUUAAACAUCUGAAUUUUGUUACAAA